AUGGCCAAGAAGGAGGAGAAGGCGAAGAAGGAGGCUGAGGAGAAGGCCAAGAAGGAGGCUGAGGACAAAGCCAAGCUAGAAGCCGAAGCCAAGGCCAAGCAAGAAGCCGAAGCCAAGGCAAAGGCUGAUGCUGAAGAGGCGAAGAAGAAGGAGGCCGACUCCAAGACGGCCAAGAAGGAGGAGAAGGCCAAGAAGGAGGCCGAGGAGAAGGCCAAGCUAGAAGCCGAAGCCAAGGCCAAGCAAGAAGCCGAAGCCAAGGCAAAGGCUGAUGCUGAAGAGGCCAAGAAGAAGGAGGCCGACUCCAAGACGGCCAAGAAGGAGGAGAAGGCCAAGAAGGAGGCUGAGGAGAAGGCCAAGAAGGAGGCUGAGGACAAGGCCAAGCUAGAAGCCGAAGCCAAGGCCAAGCAAGAAGCCGAAGCCAAGGCAAAGGCUGAUGCUGAAGAGGCCAAGAAGAAGGAGGCCGACUCCAAGACGGCCAAGAAGGAGGAGAAGGCCAAGAAGGAGGCCGAGGAGAAGGCUAAGGAAGCCGGCAAGGCC